AUGUCUCUUCUUUCUUCGAUCCCUUCUGCUGCAGAGGCUGCACCCAGCAAGGAUGGAUCUCUUGUCCACGUCGAGUUUGCAAAUGAUGCAAAGUCUGAUGCUUCUUCCUUCACAGUCGAUCCCAAGCCAAUUCCCCGCGGCACACCUUCUUAUGAAGCCAAGCGGGCUGAAAUCUUGAACAAUCUCAAGGCCAAAGUGCCUUCAGAGUACCACCUCCCUGCGUCUCUGAUCGCCAACCCGCCUCUCAACGUUUCCGGAAUUCCUGCGUCUUGCGGAAUCCUUACCGAAGAGGAGAUCCGUAUCACUGAAGACUAUGAUGCUGUUGCUCUUCUAGAACAACUUGCCCAGCGCAAACUCUCAGCUGUCACAGUUGCAACUGCCUUUGCCAAACGUUCCAUCAUUGCACAUCAACUCACCUGCUGCUUGACACAGUGGUUCAUGGAUGAAGCCAUUGCCCAAGCAACACAGCUAGAUGAGUACAUCGCCAAGCAUGGAAAGCCAAUUGGCCCUCUCCACGGAUUGCCCAUCAGUAUCAAAGAACACAUGGGUAUGAUCGGGACCAACUCUUCCCACGGUUAUCUCGCGAGCUUGAAGCAAGGCACUGAAGAUAGUGACAUGGUUGCUAUCCUCAGACGUUUCGGCGCUGUCUUCUACUGCAAGACCAACCAGCCCCAAGCUAUCAUGCACUUGGAAUCCGACGGAUUUUACGGUCGUACUCUCAACCCUUUCAACAUCAACCUCUCAGCUGGCGGAUCUACUGGAGGUGAAUCAGCUCUCAUCGCAAUGAAGGGCUCUGUCCUCGGCGUCGGGUCCGACAUUGGCGGUAGCAUUCGUGGCCCAUCAACCUUUUGUGGUAUUUACGGCUUCAAGCCCACUUCUUACACGAUGCCUAUGCAAGGUUUCCUCCCUUCACCCUUUUCAGCCGAGUUGAACAUCCUGGCCUCAACUGGUCCCAUGUGCCGAAGUAUGAGAGACAUGGAUCUUCUCAUGCAAUGUGUUCUCUCUGCCAAACCUCACUUGAAGGACCCCAGACUGGUGCCUAUCCCUUGGAAGGGCUUGGACACACCCAUCACAGGUCCUCUGAAGAUUGGCUUCAUCAGCGAUGAUGGUUUCGUCACCCCUCAGCCCCCAGUUCAAAAGGCCUUGGCCUGGGCUCGAAGCCAGCUCUCCGACCCUAAGUACAAGGAUAUCAUUCAGCUCAAGGAAUUCAAGGUGCAUGAAGCAGCCGGUGCUUGGUCCAAGAUCCAACGCAUGUACUGGCCCGACGGAGCAACGGCAUCCAGGGCUGCUAUUACAUCUACAGGAGAGCCGAUCCACCCUCUCACUCAACACAUCUGGAAUGUUGCAGAGCCUCUGGGCAUGCAAACAGCUGAAGGCGUCAAUCUCAUGCGUCGCGAGAGAGACGACUUCCGUCUCGCAUUCUCCAAGAGCUGGGAAGAGCAAGACGUGGAUAUCAUCAUCGGACCAGGAUUCGUUGGGCCCGCGUCAGCCCACGACACAGCCUUCUUCUGGAACUACACGGCACUCUAUAACCUCGUUGAUUACCCCGGCGUUAUCGUCCCAACGCCCGUCAAGGUCGAGGGUAAUGAGUCGUAUGAUGCUGAUUACAAGCCAUUGAGUGAUACUUGUGGCAAGGUCAAGAAGCUGUGGGAGGAGUCUAACUUCACUGAUGCACCAAUUGCCCUGCAGAUUGUUGCGCGAAAGUACCAUGACAACGAGCUGUUUGGAGCUCUCACGGUGCUCAAGGAUGUACUUCAGCUUCCUUAG